GUGGAGCCAGCCAGAGCGGCGCCAUGGCGGAGAGCGACUGGGACACGGUGACGGUGCUGCGCAAGAAGGGGCCCAGCGCGGCCCAGGCCAAGUCCAAGCAGGCUGUCGUUGCAGCUCAGAGGCGAGGCGACGACGUGGAGACCUCGAAGAAAUGGGCGGCAGGCCAGAACAAGCAGCACUCCAUCACGAAGAACACGGCCAAGCUGGACCGGGAGACGGAGGAGCUGCAUCACGACCGGGUGCCGCUGGAAGUUGGCAAAGUGAUUCAGCAGGGGCGCCAGGGCAAGGGGCUGACCCAGAAGGACCUGGCGACGAAAAUCAACGAGAAGCCGCAGGUGAUCGCCGACUACGAGUCGGGCAAGGCCAUCCCUAACAACCAGGUGCUGGGCAAGAUUGAGAGAGCCAUCGGCCUCAAGCUCCGCGGGCGGGACAUCGGGAAACCCCUCGAAAAGGGCCCCAAGGCGCAGUGAGGACAAAGCCUCGAAAGACGGGGGGCGCCGGGCGCCAUGGGGCGCCCGGGGUCUCCCCGCCCUCCCGCCCCGACUCCGGACGGGCGGGAGAAGCCGCCUGCCAGCCGGCGGCCCGUCUCCUCUUUCUGCAGAUCCAAUAAAGCGAAUUAAAAUGGUG